GACUGGAUUUAAACAUUGGCGACGUGGACAAGGCCGUAUCACCAUGUUUGCACAUUUUUAAACCUGUAAUCUGGUUUGAAUUUGAAUGUACCAUGACACCAUGUUUGCAAAACUUUACAUGAAUGUUUGAGAAAAAAUAUGGAGAACUGUUCAAUUAGUAUGCGUUUAAAAUGGGACUGGAUUUAAACAUUGGCGACGUGGACAAGGCUAGUGGACUGAGACUCUGAGAUGUUGCGGAAGUCGGGGACGCAGCGGCGGCAGCCGCCGGCGUGGCGGCGGUGCCGGAGCCUGCGACACAUCAAGCAGAUGCACGCGGUGAUGGCGCUCCGGGGCUUCCUCUCCGAUCCCUCCGAGCUCCGCGAGCUCCUUUUCGCCUCCGCCGUCGCGGUCCGCGGCGCCAUCGCGCACGCCUACCUCGUGUUCGACCAAAUACCCCGCCCGGACCGCUUCAUGUACAACACCCUCAUCCGCGGCGCCGCCCACACGGCCGCGCCCCGGGACGCUGUCUCCCUGUACACGCGCAUGCUGCGGCGCGGCGGCGGCGGCGGCGUGAGGCCCGACAAGCUCACGUUCCCGUUCGUGCUCCGCGCUUGCACCGCCAUGGGCGCGGGGGACACCGGGGUUCAGGUGCACGCCCACGUUGUGAAGGCUGGCUGCGAGUCCGACGCGUUCGUCAAGAACGCGCUCAUUGGCAUGCACGCGAGCUGCGGGAAUUUGGGCAUUGCGGCUGCUCUGUUCGAUGGCAGAGCUCGUGAGGAUGCCGUGGCUUGGUCGGCGAUGAUCACGGGGUGUGCAAGGCGAGGGGACAUUGGUGCUGCACGGGACCUGUUCGACGAAUGUCCUGUGAAGGACCUCGUGUCCUGGAAUGUGAUGAUCACCGCGUAUGCGAAGCGGGGAGAUAUGGCAUUGGCAAGGGAGCUAUUCGACCAGGUACCCGAGCGAGAUGUCGUGUCCUGGAACGUGAUGAUUUCUGGGUAUGUGAGAUGUGGCUCGCAUUUGCAUGCACUGGAGUUGUUUGAGCAGAUGCAGCGCAUGGGUGAAAAGCCAGAUAUUGUCACAAUGCUCAGCUUGCUGUCAGCUUGUGCUGACUCUGGUGAUCUGGACGUUGGCCAGAGGCUGCAUUCCUCUCUUUCAGAUAUGUUUUCAAGAAAUGGGUUUCCAGUUGUUCUAGGAAAUGCACUGAUUGACAUGUAUGCAAAAUGUGGGAGCAUGAAAAGUGCACAUGAGGUGUUCUGGUCAAUGCGAGACAAGGACGUCUCAACUUGGAACUCAAUUGUAGGAGGACUGGCACUGCAUGGGCAUGUCCUGGAAUCCAUAGAUAUGUUUGAGAAGAUGCUGAAGGGGAAGGUCAGGCCAGAUGAGAUCACCUUUGUUGCUGUCCUUAUCGCCUGCAGCCACGGCGGGAUGGUUGACAAGGGACGUGAAUUCUUCAACUUGAUGCAGCAUAAGUACAGGGUUGAACCCAAUAUCAAGCACUACGGUUGCAUGGUGGACAUGCUGGGUCGUGCUGGGCUACUAAAAGAAGCAUUUGAGUUCAUUGAUACGAUGAAAUGUGAGCCUAAUUCUGUCAUUUGGAGAACACUACUUUCGGCUUGUAGGGUUCAUGGUGAGAUCGAACUGGCUAAACAUGCAAAUAGGCAACUGCUAAAGGCAAGGAAUGAUGAAAGCGGUGAUUAUGUUCUCCUCUCAAACAUCUAUGCAUCUGUUGGAGAAUGGUUUGGGUCAGAGAAAAUGAGAAAGUUAAUGGAUGACAGUGGUGUCAACAAAGAAGCAGGUCAAACGUUUGUAGAUGGCAGUGUGAAGGAUAUAAUUCAGUCUUUUGGACAGUCGAGAUCACAUUCUGAAAGAAAAGGAUUCAUUGGUUGAGGAUAUCAGUUGUGAAGCUCUGUUCUGGAUCAGAAACUGAAUAUCACAUAUGGGAAAUGGGAAAGAAAAUGAUGCAGAUGUAUGUGCGCGAAGAACAACAAGCUAUCCUGAAUAGUGAAUUCUAGUACUUAUGAUGAUAUAUUAAUGAAAUGGGUCUAAUCUUGUCAGACUCAGAGAGGUUGCAUCACAGGCUAUUGUUUGGAUUUCUAGUCAAGCAGAUAAACAUCAGCCCAAGCUGCAUAAGCUACAUAAAGGUGAACAAUUUGUAACAACAAGAUGUGCAGCCAUGGCUUGUGGUUAUACAUAUCCUCCAUUGUGUUAUCUUCUGAUAUCCUUUUUAGUACAGAUGCAACCCUUUCCUGAACUCAAUUAUAUAAACAAGGUAAUGAGUCGUGGAUCGUGGCUAUAAAUAUGUGAAACAUCUUCAAUCCAUCCAAACAUCAGUUUGCACAUCAUUUGUACAAUGGGAGUAUGGCACUGUGUUUGUGCAAGUGAAAAAAGCUACAUGAGCGACAAAAGAGUGAUGCUGUCAUCGAUGCCUGUAUGGUUGUAAAUAAGCAUAAGUUGAUGGUUCUGCAAGAAGGGAUUGCAAUGAUCAAAACAAAUUGUGGACAAGGAUCUGAACUGUGCGAAAUUGCAUGUUUGCCUUUGCAAAGAAAUGGCCAAAUUACCCAUAUUAUUUUACAGAAUAUAAUGGUUAUUCUUGGGUAAGAACAAAAGCAGUUUGCUUUGUUACAAUUUCUGUGUAUUCUGAAGCCAAUACUGGCCUGUGCAAUAUGCCUGCAGAAUAUUAAUUGUUUUGAGCUUUAUUAAUUUUGUUAAAGUGUUACGCACUUACGCUCAGUUGCCAUUGCUCUGUAGCAGCCAAUUGUAUUAUGAAAGCUGUGAAUUGUUUUGCCAAAAGGUGGAUCUUCCAGUUCUCCCCAGAAGAAAGAGAACCAUGAAUAAUAAAGCAUAUCACUGUUUUUAUCAGAUGCACGGUGUACUGCAUUGCUGUAUAGUGGACAGAGUUCAAUAUUAAAAUUGUAUCUGUUGAAUUUGAAACUUCUUAUGUGCAGGAAUACAAUGUAAAUCCACACCCCAAGUAGUAAAUUUUUUUUUACCUUUUAAUUA